AAAGUCAUUCAAGUUUGCUUUUUAUUUUUGAAAAAAAUAUAAAGUUACAGUGAUUUAACGCCUAAUUUUACCACAAAUCUGUGAUAUUAAGUGAUGAUUAACAUUUCUAGUCUCACACUUAGAUUUAUUUCGUAAAAUUGUGCAAUCAGAGGAGGUAAUAAUGAGUGUGGAGGCCCAGAACUUCCUCACCGGCUUUCAUAACGUGCCGGGGGGCACCGUUAAGGAAAAACAGACAAAUUUUUUCAAGUUUUUGCAUCGGAACAUCUCGCUCAAAAACCAACAAGAGACUCUUGACUUUAUCAGUGAUAAUUUGCAAGCGACGUGUCACUUAGAGCGGAUCUUUCGCACCGAUUUUCUCAUCUACUUUCGCCGUUUCACCGAAUUGUACCGAGAUUUUAAAACGGGGGACGAAAUCACACUUUGCAAGCUUUCAAGAGAGAACUGGUUUUUCCUGCAGGCGUUUAAGGACGUGGGGGCUCACGAAUUGAUAAACGAGGUGUUGCCGUCACUGUCGUACAGCCUCAAAGUCAGGAUUUUGAAAAAACUGCCGGGUGGUGAGACAGCUGAUGCGAUUUUUGACGGGCUUUGUGACCGCUAUGGGGUUUUUUUCCCUACGGUUUUCCUAGCGAAAUGCACGAAAAAUAAAAUUUCGGAAACUUUGAGAAAAUAUCCGAUUAAAUUGACAACGAAUCAAUUGAAAUUAAUUUACGCUAAAGACCCGGAGUUGCUCUGUGUAUAUUUUGACGAAAGGGUGAGGCAUUUGGGAGACUCCGGUUUUAUGAACAAUGACCCGAUUUGGGUUUUUCUUGCCCAAAACAACCCUCAAUUAUUUUCGAAAUUGUUCGUCAAAUAUAAAUUUGAAAUUAGUCUUGGUCGUCGGACCACAAAAAACUACAUAAAGUCGCAGAAAAGUCAAGUUUUGGCCGAAGCAAAAUCGUUCAUAAACGUCCUAAAUUCGGCCGCAAUCGUCCGAAAGUUGGGGCCAGAAAUUCGAUUUAUUCUCUUCGAAAAUGGGAAAAAUUCGCAACCUUAUUGGUCGUCCCAUCUUAAAUUUUUCCCGAAAAAUCACCAAUUUGAGAUUUUCCGCUCGGUUUACGAUUUGAUCCAUUAUAAGAAAUUUGGUAGUGACAUUGAGACAAUUUCCGAGGAAAUUUUAAAAUUGAUUCCCGACGUAGAAGAGAGGGAGAAAUACGCGAAAUUGUUGUACGAAAAAUCGGGUAAAUUGGAUUAUAUUCAAUAUUUCAGUGCCCAAUUUUUCCUUCAGUACUUUUUGGAAAAGAUUGAUUUUUUAAAAAGUGACGAAAGGGCCAGAUUUGUAAAACUAGCCGUCAAUUGUUGCAAUAUUAACAAUGACCUUGACACAUUAUUAAAAAUUUGUGAAUUGCUUUGCAAUCGAUUAAAAAACGACGGUGACUCGUCGUUAUCAUUUUUGUACGCAUUGUGCGACAAUCCGAAAAUUGUGGAUCAAUUCACGAAAAUUCACUGGAAAUUCGUGUACGAAAUAAUGGCAAUUGAGCAAUCCAAUCGUGGCUCAUUCUAUAACAAAAGUUUCAUUUGGAAAAAGCACGUGGUUUUUUUGGUGGAAAAUGGGUUAGAUUUAAGGCCGUUUUUGGCCGAAUCUGAUACACUUUUUUACUGCUACGAUAUGCGCAACAAUACGAAAGUGUUUCGAGCCGUCGUGUGUGAAUUGCUCGAAUCCGGCGAUCCGAAUCCGGAGGGGGAAAACGAUUCGGAAUUGUACGAUUGUCAAAUCGCUGCUUUUUGUAAAUUACACAACGAUGAACACGAUUCGAAAAUCGAAGUUUGGACACAUCCGAGAGUCCUAAAUUCGGUGAAAAAAAUCCUAGAGGAUGAGACAGUCACGGGUUGGGAUUAUUGGGUCGAAUUAGGCAUUGCGUAUGUCAUAUGUCGUAAAACCACCAAUAAAGAAGUGAAAAACUUGUAUUUUAAAAGACUAGAGUGUGUGGGAAAUAUCUACGGCUUGAAUUGGUUUUUACAGCACGAACCAGAGACAAUUGAGCAAAAUUUAGAUUUGUUUUUGAAUCGAAUUAGUGUGAUUUCCCACCGUUCAGUCGUAUAUUGGCGCCAAAUAAAAAAAUUAUCAUUUCUUAAUAUUGGCAACCGUGUGAUUGACUUCUGUCAGAAAAAAUUGCGUGAAACCAAAUUCGAACGUUCAGAAGUGCGUGAUUUAGUCUGGGCGUUGACCCUAGUGGCCCCCUCUGAUGUUUAUCUAAAUUACCUCAAAACUUUCAUUCCGAAUUCACCAAAAGUUGAUUUAACGGUUGAAGAAACGAAAAAUUUGUAUUCGGUCCAAUGCACACUCGUGCGCUAUUCGCAUUAUACAGUCCGUCCCGAAGCACUUUUCCCUGUCGCAUUACAAUUCUGUACAGGUGAUUACUUGCAUUCGGGUCUAGGGCCCGUUUAUAGUUGUUUGUAUAAAACACCGGAAAUUGACACGAAAAAAUACUUGUCCGAAAUUAGGGAAAUCAAAGCAGUUUCGGUUAAAAAACACGCAUUGCAUUUGAGUUGUGUCGUUUGUGAUGUUGGUACGAAUGUGGAAUGUUUCAAAAUGGCGCCCGAUUGUCAAAUGGACGUGCUGAAAUAUUUUGCGAAAAAUCCGAAUCCACUUUUGUGGGAUUUACUCGAAAAACAGGUGUGUCAAACUGGCGAAAAAAGUUUGGACGUUUUUAAGUGGAUGUUGAAUGUUACGGUUCCCGGAAAUUACAGAUGCAAGUUUUUCGAAAUUAUUUGGAACGUUUUAGAUAGUUUUAAGAAUACAGAAAUCAAGAACAUUCUGAUUAAAAAAAUCGAUAAAAAUUGUAUCGAGGGGCUUAAUCAUGACAUUGCGGGUAAAAUCGUAAAAGAGACGCUUUUUAAAUUCGAAGAAGGCCACGAUUGUAUUGCCAACUUACUUAUCCACACCGGGGCCAAAUUUGAAUAUUUUGGGGAAAUUUUAAAGGAUUUUAAAAAGUCACGUUGGGGUGGUGCAAAUCCACGUCCAGCGCGUCGCCAAUUACUAAAUUUUGUUCAAAUUCUUUUUAAAAAUUACCUCAAAUCUGAUCGAAAUAAUGAAAAAUUCGUUUCGCAAUUAUCGGAUGUUUUUCAGUCGGUUUUUUCACUUUCGGAAGCUUUCGUUGAGAAUAUUUUAAUUUCGUGUAUGUUUCUCAAAGGUCAAAACGUUGAAAAUUGUGCAAAAACCAUCAAGGAAUUGAAUAAAACGGUCGCUUGCCAGUACGGAAAUGUCGGUGUUAAUUUUUUGGGGGAAGUACUCAAAAAUAGAGUAAUGUCACUAUUGUUUCCAAAUGAUAGAAUGAAAUUAUGUCACUAUUUACUAGAAAUUCAAGACUGUGUUAAUGAUUAUAUUUUAAUCAUUAAAUUAAUACCGGACGAACCGAAAAGAAAAGACGAUUUUUUGUUGUACGAGAAAAUUAUAAAAGACUUGAGUCACGUGACCGAUAAUGAAGUUCAAUUGUUACUUAAUUUAUUAUAUUCUCGACAAUAAUAGAAAUGUACGGUUGGGAACACUAGCAAUUACUGGGGAUUUUGUAUGUCAAAAUAGUCAGUGUUGCCAACUUUGAAACGAAUGUAAUCCCAAUACAGUAUUUUUCUACGCAUUUACAUAAUAAGCACAAAAUGCCUUUUAUUUUUUUGAUUGACUGGUGUUAAGAAACAAUUUUUUGUUAAAAUAGAAAUGUAUUUUUGAAGAAA